CUCCAGAGGCUUUUACCCACAUCGGUGUGUGCACGCUGAGCUCACUGGGAGGAGGUGGGAUCUAGCUACUGGUGGUAGUGGGCGAGCCAGCGAGCGUGUACGUGCGAGCCGUGCAGACAGCCGAUUACUCUGACCAACGACGAGGGCAAUUUUUUCUUUAUUUGUAUUCUCGGUUGUUGUUGGUGGAAACCACAAAACUCCUGCCCCCACAUAUUCACCGCAGUUAGCUACACUGAUUUUUUUUUUUUUUGUGCGUGUUGUAUCGUCGUUUUUUUUUUCCUCCUCUCGGAUCCAACGAGAUUCCCGUCAGACCGCCGUCUCACAUCUCGGGCCGGGCUCUGUGAUGUGGUCACCCUGCAGCGGGGGUCUGCCUUAGAUAAAGUAGGGGGGAGUGUUGCUGCCACGACAAGGCUUUCACUUUGGGUCGACUUUUUUUUUUUUCUUCAGAGGCUUCCAGCAACCCGGUUGGUUGUGUGAAGAAACACGGCGCAGAAGAACAGAGCUGCUAGCGGGGCUGGAGGAGUCGCUGAAUAUCCAUGAGCUCCGAUUUCCCGCACUACAGUUUCAGGAUGCCAAAUAUAGGGUUCCAGAACCUUCCACUUAACAUCUACAUUGUGGUGUUUGGGACCGCCAUCUUUGUCUUCAUCCUCAGCCUCCUCUUCUGCUGCUACCUAAUAAGGUUACGGCACCAGGCGCACAAAGAGCUAUAUGCAUACAAACAAGUCAUUCAGAAGGAAAAAGUCAAAGAGUUAAAUUUGCAUGAGAUAUGUGCAGUGUGCUUGGAGGAGUUCAAGCAGAAAGAUGAGCUGGGGAUUUGUCCAUGCAAACAUGCCUUUCAUAGAAAGUGCCUCAUCAAAUGGUUGGAGGUGAGGAAAGUGUGCCCGCUGUGCAACAUGCCCGUCUUGCAGCUCGCCCAGCAGGCCGGCAGCACGGAUCCGCCUGUGCCAAUACAGCAGCCUUUGCCUGGAAUCGAGAACCUGGUGUAGCAGACUCCAACUCUCUCACACUACAGUACAGACACACACAAACACACAUCCCAACACACCCACCUGUACAGGUACACUUUAGUAUGAGUCUGUGGACAGACUGGAGAAACUGGAGUUCCUGCACAGAUAUUUACAGAAACUGUGCAUCUGCAGCCAUUGUCACCUCUCUUUAUCUUCGCAUUGGUUCACAUGAGGAUUUCCUGAUUUCAGCUCUGACUGAUAAUCAGCCGUUUUCAUUUUUUCUUUUUUUUUUUCUUUUCACGGACAAUGAAGAAGCUGAUGUAAAAGAAGUUUCCUUCUUGACUUAGAAAUGGUCGAUGACUUUUUCACAACCAAAGCACUUUUCUGGGGACACCAGCGAAAGACCAGGAGGAAGAAAACACAAAAGCCAAGAACUACAAUACAUUAAAAUACAAAAUGUUUUUUUCUUUUUUAACAAGCACUUUAUGAGAAGUCAAACCUUAAUUGCUUGUGGAUCUUAGUCCCAAGGUCAUGUUUUAUAUUUUAUCAUUAACUAUUAUUUUUGUGUACAGUUCAAAUCAACAUGGGUUUUCAUUUUCAAUUGGUAAACUUUCAUUUUUAAACACUAUAUAUAUAUAAAUAUAUAUAUUUAUCGCAAAGGGACAACAAUACCUAUGACAGUAGAUGUCAGGAAAUUCGGAAAGUGAUUUGUGUUCGGAUUGCACACUUACAUGCCAGAAAUUAAGUAACCUCGAGACUUUAUGUCUGAUUAAAUGUGAAAGGUUUGAAUGUGUUGAAACCCAGAAUUUUAUACACAAACAAACAACAACAUAGUUUAUAUGAAACUAUACAAUUUGUUCCCUCAUCACCUGUUUGUCAUUAGGUAUAAUGUGACUGUUGUUGUAAUCUGUUUUUAUAAUUUUGUUAAUGCAGAAAGGUGAUACAGUGAACAAAUGAUAGUGUCACUACAGGAAUUUACAGGAACUCACUCGUGAUUUUUCAUUUCGGAAAAAUCAUUCGGGACCUCUCAAACGGAAAAUUUCAAUCUCCAAGUAACUAUUUGCAACAGUGUGUAGACCCUGAUGCUUUAUCUGUUAACCGUUUUACAGAACAAACACAAGGUAUUAGGCAAUAUAAAUCAAAAAUCUCUAAAAUGACACAAACGUUCCAGUUUUACUUUUCUCUGCUGCUGCAUCUUUUCACAAACCGUUAUUAAAGCUGAGCUGCGUGAAUGUUACAGUGGUUUGCUUCAGGUUAAAGCUGAGACAAAGCAACCAACUGUUAGGUUUAGCCUAAACUAGCGUCACAUAUCCUGAAAGAAAAUAACUGACAAUUCAUAUUAGGAACAGAUCAGAAUAUACUCCUACUCAAAAUGCGCUGCCCUCACUGUCGCAGUACAUUUUUGCUUCUAUCUCAUUAAGUAUUUCUAUUUAUAAGUUUUCUAAUUUAUUGUAAUUUCUUGGUACAGCUACACAGACAGAAUGAGUUGGCGGACUCGCACCUGCAUCACAAGUACUGCUCUCAGCAUAUCAUCAGCAUAUCUUUCAGUCAGCAGACACAUACGCAUGCACAGUGGGAGCGGCUCGAGCUGCCCCGCCAGCAUUAGAGGCUGCCGUAGAGUCAGCAGGUUGUAAUGGAACAGCAUUUUCAUUCAUGCACACACACAUGCAGGGUAGUUCAGCUUUUUUUUUUUUUUGGCUGCAGUAUUCUGGUGCUUUCGCCUCUCUCCCUCUUUCUGUACGGUACAGGGUGCUUUUGUUUUGUGCCACACAUACAUUCACUCUGAGCCCUGCUUUUGUAGGCAUUUUUCGUCCUCAUCUCUUGUUAGCUGCGUUUCAUAAACUCGUUGUGGGUAGACAUGCUCAUUUUUAAAGGUGGGUCAAAAAUCUGCUUCGCUUCAGAGAUGCACCUCAGAGAAUUUGGAGAAUGUCUUUUAACUGUGAAGUGUAUUGUGAAUGAAGGGGUCUAAAUAACCUCUAAAGCCACAUUCUGUGAUUCAAGGGUGAACAGAAAAGUAUCCCUCUAUUAAAACAGUAAGACCGGCAAUCAGGACUGUCGGAAUGAAACAAAUUAGACUAAAUUAACAUCUACAUAUGCAGUGUUUUCUGGUGCUGUGAAAGGCUUGUGUCAUUGUUUAAUAUUUACAAACAUUACUGAUAAAAAAUAAACAAGUAAAUAAACUCAAACUGAUUUGUGGAGAAACUUACAAAAUUCAAAUUUCCAUAUCCAGUUUUCAAAUAACUCACUUCCAAAUUGCUGAUUGUGCCUUUAAUGCCACUCAGUUCCCAAUGAGAUCCUUUUUUUUCUCUCUCUCUCUCUCUCUCUCUCUCUCUCUCUCUCUCUCUCUCUCAUUAGCAGAGCAGCACAAUUUUAAAAAGCGACAAUGCCUUUCACCUUCAGUGGCAGAAAAGCAUUGUUACUGUGACCUCUGUGGUUUGAAUGUUUCAUCUCUGCUGAAUGUCUGCCCACGCGCCGCAGCGAUGACCUUUGUGGGUGAGGUCAGAGAAUAAUGCAGCAAGGUGAAAAUGUCAACUGUUAGAUGAGAGCAAAAGCAGGGUUUCUCUGUUCCCGUGUGCCAGUUGUCACCUGGUGGUUCGUCCGUAACGAGUUCCUUGUACAUGAAUGCAGCACUGUACUUCCAUCGAUAAGAUUUAACACUUCAACUCAGAUUUAAAGAAACGUAUUGGCCACUUUAGCCUUAUUUGAACAAAAAAAAACUGCCACAAUUACAAAAAAGAUAGGGCUGUGUUAAACAAUCUCUUCAUUGACUUUGUGAUCAGAAAAUUGUUAACGAGGAGGUUUUGGAUUUUAUGUUGAACAAAAUAAGCAAGGGCCUUCUUCGAUAUGUCGUGUGAUGUACAGCGUUUUGUACCUUGUCACUCUUUAGUCUUUGAUCAUGAAGAAGCUGUGACUGUUUCAUUGAACUCGUAUCUCACUGCUGAUGUUACAGUAUGAGAACCUGCAUUCUCCUUCAUGUCAAUAUCCCCUCAAACUUUACAAACUAUACGUCGAAGAUUAGUUCUUCCACUUUGCCCAAACUACAACAUAGUUUGUAGGUCACUGCUGAUAACACGAGUCUUAAAGCUUUGUUCCUGCUAACGAAUUUGUCUUUGAAUGUACGGUUCGCAAGAGAAAGAAAAGAUUACCGAGGAGAUUCAAUGUGAAAGCAUGCUGUUUUGCAUAGUGACAUUGCUACUAAUAUCACCAUUGUUAAAUGUAUGUAGACGGUAGUAUCAUUAGCAGUGUGUUUAAAAAUGAGGUGCACAAGAAAUGCUCCUUAAUAUAAACUAAAUGGCAGCUCACACUUUCUGCCAUUUGGCUAUCUUAAGUGUUGUGUUUGAUUGUAAACCUGAACCACCUGAACUUCCCCGUUUCUUUCCCCGUGUGCCGUCCUUAAUCCCACUAAAGACUGAAGUGCCAACCUAAGAUGAAAUGUUGUGGAAUGAAAAAAAAAAAAAAAAAGUCCCAGCCAACAUGAAAGAAGGUUCUACAUUUUU